CGUUGUCCAACACUUUUUUGCUUCAGCUCUAGAAUCGCAAAAGUUUCCAUCAGAUUUGACGCCAUUGUUCCCAUCAGAUUUGACGCAAUUGUUCCAGUGGAAAAUCCAAAUUGUGCAUGCAUCGAGCACAGGUUUUGACCCGUACUCCGGACACACUCUGCACGAACAGGAAAAUGCCAGUGAAAAAUGGUGAUUCCGAUGGGGAAGGGGACGUCUCUGGGGCAGAGUCAGAGCGCUCCAACUCCAGCCAGGGCCGCGACUCCUCGGACGAGGAGGAGAACAACGAAUGCGACUCCGAUGACUCCUCCGAGAUGGACUCCAGUGACAUUGAGCGCAUCCGAGCCGAACACAUUGAGGAUUUGCUGAGUCUGGAGAGGCAGUUCAACACGCUGCGCGAGCAAUAUUACUUUGAGCGACUCACCUGGAUCGAGAGCCAACUGGCCGAGGUGCGUUCCGGCCGUUCCGAGGAGUUUGUGCAUCCCCAGAGGGACCUCGACAAGGUCUAUCGCACACGCAUAGAGGUGGCCGAUGUGCUCCGAAGAUUUCGUCUGCAGAAUAUCGAACACAAGUUCCUGUCCGAGGAGCAGGCGUGCGUCCAGCACUUGGAGAGCGAGAAGCAUAUGGCGGGCGACAACCUGCGAGAGGAACUGCUGGAGCGGAUACGCCGCCUGGAAGAGGAUCGCCACAACGUGGACAUCUCCUGGGCCGACUGGGGCACGGACAAGCGACAGAGCAAGGUGCGCGGGCCGGGGCGCAAGAAGGCCGUCACUGUCACGGGUCCCUAUGUGGUGUAUAUGCUGCGCGAGGAGGACAUCAUGGAGGACUGGACGAUCAUCAGGAAGGCGCUCAAGCGCACUUCCACCACCAGUUCAACGGGUCCGGGCACGGGCACGGGCCCAGUGACACCCACAUCGGGGACGAGCGCCCUGGUUGGACCCACUGUUGGACUGGGUCUCUCGGCACUCAGUGGCGGUGUUCCGGCAAUGGCCGGUGCCAGUGGAUAGCGGUGGGGGACUGCUGCUUGCGCCCCCAUGCGUACCUGACGGUGGCAGAGGCAGCAGCAGCUGCAACGGCAGAAGCAACAGCAGAGCUUCUCCCUAUCGACUCCCCCAUCCACACCGCCACUCUCCUCAUCCCGUUUUCCCGCCCACUUCUCCCACUGUGGCGAUCCAUGACGGGGAGGACAGUAAACGUUAAAUGGUAGGACUGGGAGUCGUGUCGUCCCACGUGCUAAGUCACCCCACCCCCAGUCACAGCACGUGACCCACCCUCCACCACCCCCAAUCCCACAUUAUCUCCCCCCUAAAUAGCUAGAUGUAGUUUAAGGCACAGUUCGCACUCUCAAUGUAAAUUUCCACUGCAACCAGGCCGAUCCCUUCGAUGUAAUUUAUGCUCUAUAUGUUUAAGCAAAUAAAGUAAAUGCAAUUAUUUUGUGACUGCAAGGUACUGCCUGCAGCCUUUC